GGAAAGGGCUGAAGCAGGUUGAAAAGUGCUGGGGGAUAUUACUGGGGAUAUCCUUACUAAAGGAAGAAGAGAGCCUAUUACCGGCAUCAAAAAUAAAGGAUGUUGCCGCGGUACGAUCUGACUUCUGCCCAAUGGCUUCCACUUGUGAUAAAGUUUUCCAGUAAGGGAAAGUCACAUGUUUGUCAUACUUGCUGUAUCGAAGCUUUUACAUGAAAACACUGCAAGGACAUCCAUACGUGUGUAGAUUAAAUACAUGAUGUAGGUGAUACGUAGAAAGACAACUUCUUUCUACCUAUUCCCAACUACCUAAAUUAUUACACCUACAUUCGCGUAUCUCUUGUCAUAUAUACAUACAUUAGGUACGCUAUACCGAUUUACUUAUUUUGAGCCACUAAUACAAAUAUCGAUGAAACGAAUAUACGGCCGCCGGGAAAAGCCUAGAAAUGAAUGUACCUAAUGUAGUACAAAGAAAUCGGCGAAAUCGGUGAAAUGCGAUAGGUCAGCUAUUAUGUAGGUACAGGUCGAGACCGGAAGGGCAUACCGACACACAGGCCACUUAAUAAAAUUAAAAUUUCAUCUGUCCAAGCAAGUCCCCAAGUCCCUAUGACCUCUCAUUAAGUGGACAUGGAUGAAAAUGGAAAAAUAAUUUCCAGAAUCCAAAUUCCUUUGACCAAAGACUCGACUCGACCGCUUAAUUAAUUACUUCCGCAUGCAGCCUCAUGCAAUUAACCCCACUUACUAAUAAGUCAGGGACCGAUAAACCUGGUUUCAUUAGGAUGACUAGCGUUAUAGCCUCAUCGUCUUCGGCGGCUCUCACAUUCGAUCUCGUCGCGAGGUGUUCCACAACUCGAGCACGAGCCUCUAUCUUAACUCUUCCUCAUGGACCAGUCCAACUUCCAGUCUUCAUGCCUGUGGCGACACAGGCAUCGUUAAAAGGCUUAACUCCAGAACAGUUGGAAGAGACCAGUUGUCGUCUGUGUCUGAAUAACACUUAUCAUCUAGGCCUAAAGCCUGGACAGGAGGUACUUACUGCAGUUGGAGGGGCACAUAAACUGCAAGGAUGGAACUACAACCUACUCACAGACAGCGGAGGAUUCCAGAUGGUUAGCUUACUCAAGCUGGCCAAUAUCACAGAAGAGGGUGUCAGAUUCUUGAGUCCCCACGACGGCACGCCGAUGCUUCUUACCCCUGAGCACUCCAUAUCUCUUCAGAAUACCAUCGGCAGCGAUAUCAUGAUGCAACUAGACGACGUAUUAGUGACUACCUCACCAGACGCUGUACGGAUGCGAGAAGCAAUGGAGCGCAGCGUCAGAUGGUUAGAUCGGUGCAUCGCCGCGCAUAAAAACCCAACCACACAGAAUCUAUUCUGCAUUAUCCAAGGCGGAUUAGACCUUGAUAUGCGAAGGGAGUGUUGUAAGGAGAUGGUCGCUCGAGAUACACCGGGUAUCGCCAUCGGUGGACUCAGCGGUGGCGAGGCAAAGGCGGACUACUGCAGGGUAGUAGUUACCUGUACCGCGCUCUUGCCUGAGCUGAAACCCCGGUAUGUGAUGGGAAUUGGGUAUCCUGAGGACCUGGUCGUCAGCGUCGCCUUGGGAGCCGACAUGUUCGACUGCGUUUGGCCUACGCGCACAGCCAGAUUCGGAAACGCAAUCACAAAAUACGGCGUCCUCAACCUCCGCAACGCCAAAUACGCCAACGACUUCGGGCCUAUAGAAGAUGGCUGCGGGUGUAAUUGCUGCCGCAAGGACGGGAUGGGCAUCACCCGGGCAUUCGUGCACCACAACACGGCUAAAGAGACGGUAGCUGCGCACUUACUAACCAUGCAUAAUGUCUGGUACCAGCUGGACCUGAUGAAGCGGGUCAGGGAGGCAAUUAUUGCCGAUAAGUAUCCGGCUUUCCUGCGGCGGUUCUUCGCGAACUUAUACCCGGAUCAAGCUAAUUACCCGAAAUGGGCUGUAGACGCCCUACGGGGUGUAGGGGUAGAUCUAUAUGAAGAUAUAUGAAAAGCUACUUAUUCUUGUUUGUGUGGCCCGUGAAGCCGUGAUAUCCCGACGCGGGAAUGCUUAGGUACCGGGUUAUUCCAACCGAGUUGGAAGUAAUACUGAUGAACUUUUCCCCUUGUUUUACCAUUGUCUUAUACCACAGAGCUAUCUUUCUGGCUUUGUAUAAACAAGAUCUCAAUGCCUAUUCAUAAACACCUGCGUUACCGAAGUAGAAACUGAAAGUCGUAAAUUACUCGUACAAUUUAAAUAUGAGUCUAGAAGUAGACUCAUCUUUUCAGCCCUACCAAUAACUAAUAACUAUAACUAGUUAGUAGUUACUAAUACAUAUACUUUACUUAUAUUAAAAAACGAGAG